UGGCAUUGAACAGUUUAUCUCAACGUAUUUUUAUACAAUUAACUGUUUUUUCCACCUCAUUGACAUACUUCCAACUUGUUGACAGUUUUUAACAAUACUGGAACUUUGAUUACGUGCGUCGAUAUUCACUCCACAGCUUCGAAAUCGGAACAUCUGGCUCAGUGCUGAUUGUUGCCACACAACUUCGUGGGAUGAAGAACAAGACCAGUGUUACUUCAGAUGAAACUCAACCAAUCCUUUUUAAAAAAUAUACUUGUUUACGGCAUUUUCAUCGAUUAUCGACUCUCAAUUUUGAGGAUGGGAUGUUCUUUCAUUGUUUUACAUAUUAUUGUAACUGCUCUUUACACAAAGGGAUCAAAUUCAUCAUCAGAAAACUACAGGCUAGUUCUUCACAGAGUUCACAAAGUAUGCCAUGAUUAAGCCCUUAAAAUAUAUGAGAUGAUUCGAAAUAUUUAAAAAGCCAUUGACUACAUUUCCUCUUGGUAUGGGCAAUUCAAAUAAAGAUAUCAGUUCAAAAAUGGUCUGCCCUAAAAACUGCAGCACGAUGUGCUACUUAGGCCAGUAGGCUAUUGAAGAAGUUACCUACGAAGGUUUGGGAGUUUUUUUCGCUAGCCAAGUGAUAUUUCAAAAUUACAUUAACGCUAAGGCUGGCUUUCCCAUCAUUAACUGGAUUCUCAUUGCCAUUUAAGUCUCGAUAUUUAUGAGUAUAUGACCCUUUAGUCACACCCAAAACGAGCAUAUUGUGUCCAUUUAUAGAUAUACUUUUAUCGAAAAGACAUUACUGUGCUUCACCGUGUAUAGAAUAUAUUUAUGAUUUCUUGGCGGUACAAUAUUUCUUUAGGCCAAAUCAUCAUCCCUUGCGUUAUAUAACUCUAACGGAGUAUGGAGACUUGAGUAUUUAAUGCUCUCCUUAAACGACGAAUAGUCGUGACUACAAAGAGAAGGCACACCCCAUAGAUCUAAAGUUUUGGAACGAUAUAGCGAAUAAUAAUUGCGUGUAUAAACAAUUAUAAAGCACUCUCGUUUGCUGUUUACUUUCUGCUUUAACCGCCGGGGUACUCUGCGCAACGGCCUCCGUACCGGCAUGUUGACAAAGAGGACAUGUAAAAUACUUAAGAAGGAGAUAAAGAAGACUCUAAAUCGACCUAAGUAGGUCUUUUAUACUCUCGCUGCGAAUCGGCUUAGUUUGCCUAACUGGGGGUCUCAAGUGAGCUAAGGUUACUGAAAAAAGUAUCGCAAAAACCGAAUCGCUCUCGACAAUGACAUCCUAGCACGGAGUGAAAUCGAGUUGCGGCAAAUUUUUCCAAAAAAGAUAAGUUGAGCUUAUUACUCUUCAAUCUUACCAUCAGCAAGCGCUCCUCACGAAUGCAAGAACGACAUUUUAGUGUGUAAAUCAUUCUAAAUCUUACAUGUAAGUGAUACCGUAACUUUUUCAUCGUUUACAGCAGGCAUUCAAUAUCCUAAAUAACUACGUCACCAAUAUUGGGCCGCAAGUAAAGAAAGCUGAGAUGAAAGACGUGAAUUUCAAAAAUGGAAGGAAGCUCGCUUCUUGCGGUUUCCUUCGCCUUUGUAGACACAGUUGAAACACGUUACGUCAUUCACGUACGUUGGACUCAUCGCAACUUCAACAGCGAAUCGAUGUGCACAGCACACUGUAAAUAGAGUUCUAAAAGCGACGCUAGCUGCAAGUAUUAGUGAAAAGCUACAAAAGUUAUCUCUAGCAAUAGGGAUAAAUUUUAUCUCUUUUAAGGGUUUUAUCAAGCGCCUCGUGUGAAAUCCCAAUAAUCUGGAAGAAAUUAUGCUUUCAAUAUCUGACUGCCCUGACAAGGACCGAGCCAGCGUUUCUGAAGGUGAUGCGGGAAAUGCACGCUUCUCCCCGCAUUUGCUUAGAGGUAAUAAAGACCUCGUGGUUUGUCAGGGAGUUCCCUACAUAAUUGUAUUUCUCUCUAAAACACGAGGCGGUCAAGCAUUUAUUACGACAUGCAUACAGAAGGUGGCAGAGAUCAAUUUCGCAUUUUACCCCACAGUGGUCAAUGAGAAGUGGAAACAUACGAAAAACAAACAGAUUUGAAGACAAUAACAAUACUCGGCACCAACAUGUUUAAUCACUUGUGCUUAAUUGCACCUGAAUGCAUGAUGCAAGGCUUCCACUCACGCGACUUCAGUGUAUACAAAUUUUGUUGUUAAGAUCAUACCGAUCACUGUGACGAUCGUGACGAACGUGAUCACUGUGACGAAAUAUAGUACUGUAGUAGAACCCGAUUUAUAAAGUAACUAGCAAAUAUCCAGUCUUUAAUGGAUCCAAUAAUUAUAUGUGUGUAUGUUUUAUUACAAUAUAUAGUUUAGACCCACUGCUUGGUCCGCCGUGCGUUCAAACGAGGCCACUCCAGUUGUAUUAUAUCACUCCCUCACAAAAAUGCGCUUUUUGAUUCGCAAUAAAACGCGUGAAGAGCAAGCUUACAUUUUACUGUGUCAUUUUCGAUGCGAAGUACUAUAUGUCAUAUAGUUUUCACACUGGUUUUUGAUUAUCUCGUCUGUUGCAUCAGUGAAAUACGGGCCCACGAUUAGUGCCCCCGAUGGACGAAAAGACGCGCGAGGCGGUGCUGUUUGUUGCCGUUGUUAUUAUGGUUGUGGCCACUGCUAAAAGUCGUUUCAUGCGUAAUAAUAGGUGCUUUUUGCCCAUGGUUAUAGUCGCUGCCAUUACACUGUUUAUGGAACAGGGCACCAAAAAAAUUCGUAUACGAAAAUCCCUUCGAUCCCCAGUGAGAAUUAAAGCCACACCAGUAUUAGGUUGAUGUAGUAGUAUAUAAAGUGCGCGAACCACCAAGCCAUCUUGGUCGGAAACCUUGGUAACUCUUAGCAACCCAAUAGCUCGGAGUAUUUAUAAUUAUCGAAUUCGAUUAAUCCAACUAAAAGCUUUGUCUAUAUCGCCAAAUACGUUUGACACGAAUUCCUAUUCACUAUAGGCAUUAAUAAAUAAAAUACGUCGUGGUAGCCGAAACGGUGUUCAGUGAGAUAGGCAACGCAUUUGCAAUUGCGUUAUAGAAAUGUUAUAGAAACGCUUUGCUAGUCGAAGAGCCAUAGAGUAUGUAUGGUGCAAAUGCCAGUCUUCAACUUUGCACAGAGAUCGAAAAGCAAGUGUCGAGUUUUCUUGUAGGCGUGAAGCUGUACGGAUCCCAGUCUAGCAUUAUUGUCAUAAUUCGUACAAACUUGGUGAUAUCUUUGAGAUCGAUUGCUGAGAAGCCUUUUUCUUGAUGUCAUCCGCUUAACAGUGUAUGAACUUACGUUGUUGGUAAACGCAACAAAUCUUAAUUGAAAUUAUUUUUUCGAGUGACUUAGCUUUAAUGUGUUUUCAAAGUGGUAGCGUGGAGUCAUACAGGUAUGGUUUUGGGAAUGGGUAGUUUUUCUCUCGUGGAAGAACGCACGAUGUCUACUAAGGCUCGUUUUUAAGCAUAAACUGAAUCUCCUAUUCUAUCAGUUUCUUCUUAUGCAGACAGGUCUGCGUAAUCUAAAGGUUCCAUUCUUUCGAUAUAACUCCGUUUCAAUUGGCACUCUUUCUGUCAAUGGAUGCCAUCUGUUUUUAAAGUUUUGUGUUUGAAGUUCCUACUGACUUACCUCUAUUAUGCUUUUUCCGGUUACAUGUCUACUAGACGUAAAGCGGUUCUUUUGUUUCUGCAUACACGCCUCAUUGCUGGCAGACUGUUUCCAUUUGAAGUUACUUAUGAAACCAAGUUAUCCGAUCCUUUUCCAAAAUUACUUGUUGGGGAUAAGUCUAGAAAGACAUACACUGAGUAUAAGGUGUGGAAUGUGUGACCGGAAAUACGGUACUACUAAUGUGGUAGGAUCGGCUUAUAUAGCAAGCACCGUGCUGGACUCUUACGUCGCGGUCAAAUUCUAUAUGGUGUUGUCCACCCCAAUAAUUACACUUCUACCCUGUCAAGAUUCUAUGGGAGCUGCUCGCCUUUAGAAAAACUAUAUACUUAAUUGCUUGUUGAGCAAUUAUAGCAGCUUUCGCUAGACAUUUUAUGUUUCUUUUUACCAAAAUCGUCUUUGUCUUGCAAGAAUGAUCCAACAAAUAAUGAAAUCGGUUCGGCUGUCGACACUGCAACAUGUAACAAGGAAAAACGGUGAGGAAGGAAGAUUCCAGUAAUUGGAAACUAAGUAAAAAGUUUACAGAGCACCGUAUAGCAGAGAACUUCAUUACUGAAUUUCGGCGCAAUCAACGUCGCAUACCAUUGAUCCAUACCAUGAAAAGUGCUAUAUAAACCCAUGGUUCGACAUUCGCUUAAAUAAUCUACAGGAGCGAUAACAUGGCUACCAUGUCAUCGUUGCCAGCCUUCGUAGAUCCGAUCUUUGCAGAUGACUACUGGUUAAAUGACGCGGCCAAGGGACGGUUAAUUCGAAUCUUGAAUACACUGGCAGCGUCCUAUUCCCAUGUGCUGUACGCGCCCUUACUAUACCCAGCAACAGCUCUGCUACUCCAUUAUUUGCCGCACGUUGAAGUUUAUAAAGCUAUUUGUUCCCUAAUGGAAAGCCAUCGGGUCCAUCAUAUGGAUCAAACGCCGAACAUGUACACAAGGUCUACCUUAACUUUUCAACGACUCACGAAAAAGCUCUCACCGAAAACCUUCAAGUGGAUUGAAAAAUCAUUAUCCGCUAAAAACGAAGAGGUGAGCGUGUUUUUCUUGACAUGGCCACUAUGGCUCUUCCGAGGACUUCCAGUCGCCUAUUUGAUCCGGGUAUUCGACAACUAUCUGCUUGAAGGCACUCGGGCGCUUUACCGAAGUUGUCUCCUAAUCCUCGUACUCUAUUCGCAGUACGGCAGCACUUCGCCACCAGCACUGAACACCCCGAAAGAGCACCAUUUUUUCCGAGUUAACAGUUUAUUAAGUUUGAUUCUCAUCGAUGGAUUGACUGGAGCAGAUUCGAAUGGAACGAUGAUGGAUUCUAAUGCCUUUGGUGACAGGGGAAUCUUGCAACGCAGAAGCCUCAGGGAUCGACUCAGGAGGUCGUUAAGAAAGUCUGCUCGAGCAACUCCAAAGGUAAGGCGCCGAUUUGAGGCCGCAGCGAGCAUGUUGGAUGGACUCACUUUGUUCGUACGGAAUGCCCUGCCUACUAUGGUCAGUGAAGCCCAGUUUGUCGAAAAAGCGUUUUCGAUUCGAGGGUUUUCCUCAAAGCUGCUCUCGAAUCUGGCAAAGUUUGACGCAGCGGAGAUUCAACAAAUAUCAGGAAAAUUACCCAUAAAAAUUUCUUCAAGAGAGAUUAUCGUUAAACAGAUGGACCUGAGUACUCUAGAUGUUGCAGUGCUGUACUACGUGUCAGAAAUCAAAUCAUCGAUUGCGUCUCAGACUCAGCUUGAGCGGCUGUGGCCGCAUCUUCCUUCAAGGUUUACAGUGGUCAAGCCAUAUAUUAUCUUUUCAUCCAAUGAACAUGGAACAUCGCUCAGAAAUUUUCUUCACAUGGUGGACGAAGUCGAGCCACUUAUUAUCCUGAUUAAAACGACAGAAGCGGAGAUCUUCGGAGCAUUUUGUUCCAGUGCUUGGGGCGAGCGCAAACAUGAGCGAAAAUUUUUUGGCACCGGUGAAACAUUUGUGUUUACCUUCGAAAAAGGAGAUACCAUCAAGGUCUUCAAGUGGAUUGGGUACGGCGCCUCUUGCAAUAUGAACUUGUCUGCCGGUCAGCAGUUGUUCCAAUGCGCAAUGGAUGGUCUUGAUAUAGGCUGUGGAGCUUUGCACAUACUACCAGAUAUGAACACUGGCAGAACGGAUAAGUCAGCUACAUUCGACAACGAGCCACUUUCUCAAGGGAAGGAGUUCGGCAUCUUAACCGUCGAAGCUGUAGCCUUCGAGUGAUCUCUUAAACUGAUAUAAUAAAAGAAAUAUGCAGAAGAACGUAUGUUCUGCGUAUUCAGCACUAUUCCACAUUUAAUAAACAAAUGCUCUAUCAUCAAAGCUCUA